AUGGCAGCCAUCCUGAAAUUCAACUAUACGAUUAUCGAAGUUCAAGACGGAAGCUACGGUAUAGAGGAUGAAUCAGGACGGUGGAACGGCAUCAUCGGUGUUCUGCAACGGCACGAGGCUGAUGUUUCGAUCUCGGCCGUGAACAAUCACCUACAACUUCAACACUACCCAUUCAUGCAUCUGGGUAUUUCAAUUCUUCUCGCUCGAGCGAAUGACGAUUCUGAAAAGAGUUCUAUGUUCACGUUUUUGGAGCCGCUCUCCUUCUCUGUAUGGCUGUCGCUCAUUGGUGCCUACCUCUCCGUGUCAUUUGUUAUGUACCUCUUGGCGAGAUUUAGCCCUUACGAAUGGUACGACAUCGAAAAGAUCGACGAACGUGAUCGGAGCAUCGAGAAUCAGAAGAACCAGUUCAGUGUGCUGAAUUCACUAUGGUUCGCCGUCGGUUCCUUGAUGCAGCAAGGAAGUGACGUGAUUCCUCGAGCGCCGCUACUCGAGUGGUGGCGGUGGAUGUUCACCCAAAUUCUGAUCUCCUCCUACACUGCACAAUUGGCAGCAUUCCUCACGGUAGAGCGAAUGACCACACCAUCGAGAGGUAAAUUGGGAAAAUUCCCAGACAGCGUUCCACUGGCAACUCUGAACAACAUUGUAUGA